GUGCUUGAACCGCUGGAGCAAUCAAACGGCAGGGACCGCACCACGUAGCGACGAACUCAACAAGGACAGGACAGGUAGAGUUCAAAACGACGUCGGAGAAUUGAUUCUCGUCAAUCUCUAAUUCUCUAUUAGAAGCGGCGGCGGAUUUCUCCGGUUUCGCAAGCGAAUCUUGCUGCGGUUGCAGAAUAAAGAAAAAGAGUAUAAGAGGAGGCGGCAUUGUAGGCGGUGUUGGCAAAGGCGGUGAUUGCAGGGCGGGAGAGGUUUGGAAGUUGGGGCGAAAGCGAUAGCCAUGUUGGAGGGAGUGAGAGAGAGAGAGAGAGGAGAGGAGACGGUUUUUGUGGAUUGAUGAUGUAGGCUUCUCGAAUCUGGAGUCCUUUUGAGUGGCGCUCAUUUUCUGAUCCCUAAAACAUUUGGAGUGUCACCGACGGAGCAACCAGCACACACGGCGGCAUGUCGAGAAACACAGCCCUCAAAAGAUUCUCCAAACCCCGACACCACCCUGCACCACUGCAACACCCUGACCUUUCACCCUCCAUCUCCGCCCUAACCUCCCCCACCACCUCCGCCACCGCCCAAACCCAAUUAACCCGCCUCACCGCCUUCCUCCAAUCCUCCCUCAGAAAACCCGCCGUCGCCAUCACACCACAAGACCUCCUCCACUUCUUAAAAUCUCGCCUCCGCCACCACCCCACGCUCAGCCACCUCGACUUCCACCUCUUUCGCUACGCCGCCACGCUCGAUUCGUUCCGCCAUGAUCACUUCACGCUGGAGUACAUGGUGCGCACUCUCGUAUCCACCUACCGUCUCGAUUCUCUCUCCUCGCUCCUGGAGUUCAUAUCCUCCAACCCCUGCCCGUGCUCCGACGGUAUAUUCUCUUGCCCUAGAAUUGAGCCUAUGUUCAGCGUUUCAAUUAGUUCAUUUUGUAGGGCAGGUAGAUUUGAUGAUGCACUCCACGCGUUUGAUAUAAUGAAACGGUUAAUCGACGGGAAACCGAAUGUUGCAUUGUAUAAUAUUGUGAUCCAUGGUUUUGUUAAGCUCGGGAAAUUGGAUAGAGCUGUGGACUUCUAUGGAACAAUGCUUAGGAAUAGGGUAAAUCCAGAUGCAGUCACUUUUAAUAUCUUGAUUAGUGGGUAUUGUAGGAAUAAUAAGUUUGGUUUAGCAUUGGAGGUGUUUAGGGAGAUGAAGGAAAAAGGUUGUCUUCCAAAUGUGGUCAGUUUUAACACACUGAUCAAGGGUUUCUUCCGGGACGGGAAGGUGGAGCAGGCGGUUGGAAUGGCUCGUGAGAUGACCGAGCUGGGGUGUGAGUUCUCGUGUGUAACGUGUGAGAUCCUGGUUGAUGGACUGGGUAGAAGAGGGAAGGUGAUCGAAGCAGUUGAUUUGAUGAUUACCUUUUUGAGGAAAGGAGUUUUGCCAAAGGGGUUUGAUUAUUUUGUGUUGGUUGAGAUGCUUUGUGCCAAUGGGAACAUGGAGCGGGCGUUUGAAUUGGUGAAUGAGUUGUGGGACAAUGGUUAUGCACCGAGCUUGAUAGCUUGCACGACGUUGGUUGAAGGUUUACGUGGAGCUGGUAGGACUGAGAAGUCGGUUGAUCUAAUGAGAAAAAUGCUGAAUGAGGGCAUGUUACCAGAUAGUGUGACGUUUAGUUGUCUUCUGGAAGAUAUGUGCAACAUGGGAGGCGCGUUGGAAGCAAAUAAGCUGAGGCUGCUGGCUUCCAAGAAGGGUUUGCAUCCAGAUGGUAUGGUGUACAGGAUUUUGAUAUCAGGUUACGCGAGAGAAGGGAGAAGAAAGGAGGGGGAAGCUCUGGUGAAUGAGAUGUUUGAUAGAAGAUUCAUACCUGAUAUUGCGACUUACAAUGUGUUGAUGAAUGGCCUUUCCAAAUCUAAAGGUUCUUUCGGUUGAUGCCAAGAAAUCUCAACUAUUGGUUUCUAUAUUCAAGUUUUUAGAAACCAAAUCUAUUGGAAGCCAUAGUCUAUAAGCCAUGAACGAAAUUGCUCGUCGCUUUAGAAGCAUACAUUUCCCUCAUGUUAAAAGAUCAUGGUUCCAAAACUACCUCACUGCUGCAGUUUUAGGCUAUGGCGGAGGUUGAAUGAUGCAGUUUCUGGCGAUUAUAUCUUUACUCUGAUGGAUUGAGUUGGAAUUUCUGAUUAUCAAUGGAGAUGGACUGGUAAUCGAAGAUUAAAAGUUAUGCAAAACUGAAUUUUGGGAUGGGUGUGAAUCGCCAAAGGACUCGUUUUUAAGUCUAUGUAUUUGUUUGGUCUCUUAUAAAAUUUCUUGUACGCAUUGUAACUAGUUUAUUUUGAAUUUCAAAGAAAAGCUCGAAUUUUUAAGUGUACAAA